GUUCAUCCGAACAGCCCGUAAGCAGACAUUAGUUUCGGUGGCUGUGUGGCGACAACUUUUUUAACGCUCGCGGCUUGUUAAGGUACAAUCUACGCAUGAGGCCAAUCAGAAACCACCACGGCAGGCACCCGUCCAAUCUCUGAUGAAAAGAGCAAAGUGUAACAACAAACCUUAUGAGGCAUGUAUCUUCCACAAGAACAGUAAAAACCCGUCUUCUUAUAUAAAAGUCGCACAGAAACUCGGUUUCCAUCAAAUUAGAAAAACAAAGCAAUCAUGACGUCGCCCGAACCUCCUGUGCCUGAUGACCAACGUACACCCCCGCCACCAACUUUUGCCGGCCGUCUCAAGCUCGAAGACUUCAAGUUCGACGGCAAUGGCUCAGCAUCGGCAUCGCCAUCACCAGGCGGAAUUCGCAGAAGCGCCCGUCUGUCCUCGACAAUCAAAGCGACCCCCGUAAUUACAGAUACAUCCUCCUCUUCGGCAUCUCCAUCACGCAAAGCCACCCAAACCCAAACCACCGUUACCACCACCUUGACAACAACCACGACCAAAGCCCAAUCAUCCAAACGAAAACUAAUAACCCACACCUCGACCUCAACCACCCCAACCCCAUCCAGCUCCAGCUCCUCCACUCCCACCUCCAAACGCCCCAAAUCCCUCCCCAAAAAGAAUAAGAUCUACGACAACAUCCCCCAAACCCUCCCCGACGCCCUCUCUCCCAAUCUUCUCGUUCUCUUCAUCGGCCUCAACCCCGGCAUCUCCACCGCCAUCCAACAACAUGCCUACGCGCACCCGACCAAUCUUUUCUGGCGUCUCUUGUUUUCUUCGGGCAUCACCCCCGUGUUAUGUGCACCGUCGGAAGACCGCUCCCUGCCCGAGCGGUUUUCGCUGGGGUUGACCAACAUUGUGGGGAGACCGACGCGGAAUGGCGGGGAAUUGACCAAGGGGGAGAUGGACGAAGGGGUGGCAGUGUUGGAAGAAAAAGUGAGGGUGUGGAAGCCUGAAGCGGUGUGUGUGGUGGGCAAAGGGAUUUGGGAGAGUGUCUAUCGGGUGAGGGAGAGGCAGAGGCAGCAGAGACAUGGACAGGGGCAAAUUGGGAUAGAAAAAGACAAAGUUGGGUUGAAUAAAGGACGGGGAAAAGCGGUGGGGUUGCUGCCGAAAGAUUGGAAGUAUGGGUGGCAGGAUGAGAGUGAGAAUAUGGGUGUGCCCGGUGGUGAUAGUGGUGAUGAGGAGGAGGAGAUGGACACGACAACAGCUGGUGGUGGUUGGAAGGGAGCGAGGGUGUUUGUGGCUACGAGUACUAGUGGGUUGGCGGCCACGGUUGGGAGGGCGGAGAAGGAGAGGAUUUGGAGAGAGUUGGGGGAGUGGGUGGAGAGGAGGAGGACAGAAAGGGAGAAGGAGAAGGGAGUGAAAGGGGAGGAUGAGGAUGAGGAUCAGGGUCAGGGUGGUGUAGUGGGUGAGUGAUGUUCGUGGUGUGAGGGUGUUCAUGUUUGUAUGUUCCUCAGCUGGUUGGCAAGCCUCGUACAAAGUACUGGUUCAGGUAUCGAACAUUAAAUGGAGGUACUUGAAUUGAGUAGAUAUCAAUGUCUGGCAAAACUUCGUCGCGCAUUACUUAAGUGAAGAAUGGUC